UGCGCGUUGCACCGACGGCACACACACGCGCGCGCGCUGCUGGCAUCAUGCAUGAAGUCAGUGCAGAGAGUGAUUGGGAGGAGAGCAACUUUCCGGCACCGCUAGCUGGCAGUGGCAAAUCCUUGACUCGCUGCGACGAGCCGAUAAACUGACUACACCGCCACCAGGCUGCCAAGCUGCCUCCUUGGAGUAUCUCCAAACUUCCUGCCUCUUCCCGCUGCGAGUUGGUGCUUCUGUCGGGGGUGAUAAAGAAAGGCUACCAAAAGGGAUAAAGUUGUCCAAGAAUGUGGUUUUGUGUCUUGCAGCAGUGAUGGAGACUUACUUUUGGAUACCGUUAUUAUUCCUGCCACUGGUUCGCUGCCAGUUGCCGGAAGUUAAUGCAGCAACCGAAAUCCAGGGCAGCUACACGCAAGACGACCUUCACGUGUUUAUGCGUCGUCAAUGCCCUGUGGGUUACUUCGGGUUCCAGUGCCGAUUUCGCUGUCGCUGUCGAGCCAACGACGACUGCAACAAGGUGACGGGUGGUUGUCCACGCGGGUGCGCCUACGGUUUCUGGGGACCCGGAUGUCAGCUAUCAAACAGGUGCUUCUACAACGGCCAGAAGCGGAGCUACAUGGGCACGAUCAACAGGACGCGGGAGGGGAUGGCGUGUCAGGCCUGGGGGGUGCAACUGCCGCACGAACACACUUAUGAGCAGACCGACUUCCCUGACGGCCGCUACCCCGACAACCACUGCCGCACCACCUCGGACUCCUCCAUGCCCUGGUGCUACACAAUAGACCCUACCAAACGCUGGUCCUACUGCGACAUCACCAACUGUGUUUGCCCCGCAGGAUUGUUUGGACACAGUUGUUCAAAGAUGUGCCACUGUAAAGACCCCACAGAAAUGUGUGACACUAUGUUCGGCAUGUGCAAGUCCAGCUGCGAUGAGGGCUGGGAGGGCUUCGAUUGCCAAACUCCCGCCCCCUGUCCACAGAACAGAUACGGGUGGUCGUGCGAGUCCGAGUGCAAGUGUCGCAACAGCUCCCAUUGUCACCGUUUCACCGGCCCCACAGAGGCCUGCCAGUGCCGCCCGGGAUUCUUCAACCCUCCACACUGCGAACCUGUUACCAAACCGCGGAUUGUGGAGUUCACGAACCGCGAGGUCAAUCCAAAUCAGCCAUCAGAAUUUAACUGCACUGUGUCCGCCUUCCCCACCCCGUUGGAGAGCGAUAUACGACUGCAGGCACCCGACAGACGAAGCGUCACGCUGGUCCGAUCUGUGGAGCUACCCGACUACAGUUACACCCGCAUGAACACCUUCAUGGGAACUGCAGGCACAACGUCUCUCACAGCACACGUUAAGGUCUUCGAGUUACCCCGCCUGCUUGCGCCGCCUGGCGUCGUUCAUGGCUCCAUUACCGCCAACAACGCCACCAUCGAGUGGCGCAAGUGGAACCCAGAACGCGGGGACCCAGGCCACCCGGAAAUCUUGUGGUACAACGUGUACGUGCGUAGUGCCACGGAAAAUGUCAGAAUGGCCGGUAUAGUGUACCACGCCUUCUGCCAAGAGAAGUGUCGCUAUACGUUGACAGGCCUACAGCCCAACACUCGCUACUUUGUUUACCUGACUGUCAGACGCGAGGGAAAUGGGGGAGACGGACCUGAAGGACCCACCAUUCACUUGACCACCAAGUGCGCAGCACCUCAUCAGCCGCCAGCCAUUGAAACGUUGACAGCAGAGCUGGAGUACAACGCCUCUGUACCUCUAACUCGUCUAAUAAUUCGAUGGAACGAUCCACCACGUGAUUCAAUCAGCUGCAACCGCAUUGCCAAAUACGUUGUGGAGAUGGCGCCACCUCCUGGCCAAGGCGAGACAAGGUCGUGGGAACUUCCUGGCGGCACGAACAGGAUGCUGUCUGUCCCUGGUCUCCAGCCUUUCACGGAGUAUUGCGUCUCGCUCUACCUGCAGACCGACGCCGGCUACAGUUCGCCACGCUCCGACCAGGCCUGCAUCGUAACUCCCCAGACAACUCCUGCUGCUCCUCUUGACCUGAAGGUGGUGAGAACAUCCAGCACUUCCGUUACGUUCUCGUGGUCACGCCCCGAGCCCGUGCGGGGCAACAUCUCCCUGUACCGCGUGCUCUUCUGGCCCCUCAACAGCACAGGCGCCAAAGGGGUGGAGUGGCGCUCCAACAACCGCUACGUGGAGUACACCUUGACAGGGCUGAGGCCUCUCACUACCUAUCAACUGCAGGUGCAGGCUGUAAAUGAGGCUGGUACAGGAGAAGGAACACCUGCUCUUACCUUCAGCACAUUGGAGGAUGUGCCCGGACCGGUACGCGGCCUUCGCAACGUAUCCCGUACGCAGCAUUCUAUUCGAUUUGAGUGGCAGCCACCAUCUAACCCUGGGGGCAAACUCCUUCACUACUCUGUCGCGUGCGACAUGGUGAAGACUCUAAUCGGUGGCCAGCCCGUACUUAGUAAAGAGCUACAGGUGGGCGCAGGAACAAAUCGCGAAAUUGUCAACGGAUUAUCUGCAGCCACGCUCUACAACUGCAGCGUACGCGCGAGCACUGCGAAAGGACCCGGCCAGCCAGCCACCAUACUGGUCUGGACAGAGGCAGAAGAUCCACGCACCCCGAUUGCACCUAUAAUCAAGAGUGUAACGGAUACGACGGUGACUCUGGACAUCCAUCAUUCAGGAGAUCUUGCUGUUAGUUUCUACAGGGUCAUCGUCGAGCGCCUGGAUCAUCAUCGCGGCACGGAGCGGAGGCGAAGGCACACUCCCUCCCACCUGCACGACCUGGAGACCAACUUCCAAACUGCAGUCCGCGAUGGAUUGUCUGCUUACAUCACAGCCCAGCUCUCACGUCAGCAGGUGGGGGGUGCGUUUACCGUGGGCGACAACGAGACCUACGACGGUUUCUUCAACGGACCCUUGCAGCGCCAGGCUUCCUACGAUCUGUGGCUCGUGGCCUUUUCGUCCGUAGACGGGACUCGGAGGGAGUCGUAUGCAAAGACAGAAUCUCCUGUCAUCGUUCGAGCGAUGACUGCCCAACCUCCAAGCAGCCAUGUGCCGGUCAUUGUGGGUGUUCUUAUCGUCUUCAUCUUUCUCAUCCUUACCUUCGCUGUGCUGCUGAUAGUCUGGAGGCGGCGCAAUCUUUCAUCUGAGAGGGAGAAAUCGGAGCUGCCGUCCUUCGGUCCCACCAUUUUACCAGAGCCAGACUCAUCUCCACCCCCAACUCCCAUCAGUGAGGGAGCCUGUCUCUUGUCUUCUUUAGACCACGUGAGCACGGAGGCCGAGCCCCUGCUGGAGCACAGCUCGCAGCGCGUGCAAGAUGCCGAACCCGUCUACAGCAACGUGGGUAUCGGUUUGCAGUCUGUGCCACCCAUAAAGGUGGAGGACCUGUGGGACUACAUUCGCAACAACAAGAGCAACGAUAUGGAGGGGCUUCGACGUGAAUACCGAAUGUUACCAGCCGGUCUAAUCGCUUCGUGCGAAGUGGCAAGGAAAGAGGAGAACAAACUGAAGAACCGUUACGGCAACAUCAUAGCCUAUGAUCAUACACGUGUGGUGCUCGACCCAGAUGAUGGCACUGGCGACUCCAGUGACGAUUACAUCAACGCAAAUUACAUAGACGGAUACAACAGACCUCGAGCAUACAUCGCAGCACAAGGUCCCAACACACCCACCUUGCAGGACGUGUGGAGGAUGGUGUGGCGCGAGAACAGCAAGACACUGAUCAUGCUGACCAACCUCACGGAGACCGGCAAGAAAAAGUGCGAGCAGUACUGGCCGGAUGAAGAAGAGGGAUGUCGACAGUACGGACCAAUCAGCGUGCAGCUCCUCGACACUGACGAGCUACCGGACUUCACCAUCAGAACGUUUCUGCUCACUAAGGGAGGACAAUCAAAGUACCUGAAGCAGUUCCACUUCACCACCUGGCCAGAUCAUGGUGUGCCUAGGUUUGGGCACUCGCUGCUGUUGUUUCGGCAGAAAAUCCGUGCCUACGACAACCUCGACGCAGGUCCCGUCAUAGUCCACUGCAGCGCUGGUGUCGGACGGACGGGUACCUACAUUGCCGUGGACACACAGCUGGAGCGUGCACGUGCCGAAGGCGUGCUGGACGUCUACAAUACAGUCAGACUUAUGCGGCAACAGCGUGUCAACAUGGUUCAAAGCUUUGAGCAGUACGUGUUCGUGUAUGACAGCCUGCUGGAAGCACUCAUCUGUGGCGACACCACCGUGUCAUCGCACGCUUUCCCAGAACUCUUCAAUGAGUUGUGUCUCUUUGACCCAGACAUCGGCAAGACGAAGUUGGAGGAACAGUUUGAGAUUUUGAAGCUGUUGUCCACCACAAUAGAACGGGAUGAAAGCACAACUGCUCUGCGCCCGGAGAACAUUUUCAAGAACAGGUGCAAGAACAUCGUGCCAGCCAAUCGGUGCCGGCCAUACUUGAUGACGCCUGUAGAUGGUUCCAAUGACUAUAUCAAUGCAGUCUUUUUAAACUGCUACAGACGGCGGGACGGGCUGCUGGUGACCCAGAUGCCUCUGCCCAACACUGUGACAGAUUUUUGGCGGCUAGUACAUGACCAUAACUCCAACACCAUCGUCAUGCUCAACGAUCUGGACACCAAGGACGAGACGUGCCAGCAGUAUUGGACUGAAGACACGUGUGGCAGUAUCUACGGUCCCUUCCUCGUGGAGACUACGGCGCAGAUUAUUUCAGACCCUGCCUACACCGUCAGGGACUUCACCCUUACCAACUCUGCUAAUCCAGCGCAGUCCCCACGUCACAUCCGCCAGUUCCACUUCCACCGCUGGGCAGAGGGCGCUGCUGUCCCUCCGUCCCCGCGUUCCUUCCUGCUUCUGGCGGCCGCCGUGUGGAACUGGCACGCUGAGACUGGACACAACCCCAUCACCAUCCACUGCAUGAAUGGCGCCAGUCGAAGCGGACUGCUUUGUGCCGUGAUGUACAUUCUGGAGCGCUUGCUGAAAGACAAAGAGGUUGACGUCUUUCAAGCUGUGAAGCAGAUGAGGCUCAACCGUUCUCAGUUCAUCGACACCUUGGAGCAAUACCGUUUCUGUCACGACAUUCUCCUGGAGUUCCUUGCCAACCCCGAUAGCCUCGCUCUUACUCCUCUCACGUGAUCUCGCCACCAACCGAGUACUUCCGGGUGACCCAUCCGGGACUGGCUGUGCCGGCUGGCGGGCUGCAUGACCGUCAGGAUCACGUGCUUGGCCCAGACUGUGCGCUCCAGCCCUUGUGGGGCCCCUCAUGUUUGUGCCUGUACACCUUCUGGGUGCUAGUGUUACUUAGCAACGUUGAUCGGCUGCUACCUCAGGACGUUGAUGACAGCACGGCUAACAUUAUGCUCGAGGGCUCUUGUGGACCGUGCAUCGCACACGUCUGCCCAGGUGCUUAGAGCGCGGAUGCGUAGGAUACUUAGGAUAAGAGCAGCCGAUCUGUAGAUGUGAAAGGAACAAUAGUCUUUCAUCUCCUUCAGUCCUUAGUCACUUGCAAGCAAGAUAGCUUUUACUUUCUUUGUGGCUGAGCGUGCUCGGAUUGUGAUUUUUCUUUCCUUGCAUAUUAUCAGUAUGAUCUCUCGUGGGUGGUUUAAAACGUAGAUCACAAAGGAUGGGAAGCAGGACAAAUAUUUUUUAAAUGUACAGAUUACAUUACGAAUAUUGUUUGGUACGCACCACUGCUGAAAAGUGUAUCAAAACUUUAAGAUGUAGGAUUCUCUUUGGUAUGAAAUAUUGUUAAACUGGAGCAGCUACUGACCUGUCUAACCUGAAUCUCAUAUUGAUCAAGUUCUUGUCUUCAAAAUGUAGUCAACAUGGCAAGUAUAUUCAGCUACCUUAGAAGACCUGCUGUGAAAAUUUUGAUAUUAUGUUCAGACUAUAGUCUCUGGUCGUGGUUAAAAGACGUUAUUUUGGGGGUGAUAUUUCAAGCCAUCGUCUUCAAAGACUUCAACUUACAAGAAGACUUGUCACGUCCUUUAUUUCGAUUUCAAAGUUAUUUUCCUGAAAUCCAUCUAUUUAACUUGCAGUUCACAAAGACAAUAAUCAAGUGAUCUUAAAUGUAAGGAAAGCUUACAUAUUUGCAAAACUGCGAAUUGUAAUGAAUCUCAUUUUUCCUAUUGUCAAAAGAUCGUUUAAUGCUUUAAUAACAAAACUGAUCAUUUUUGUCAUCAUAGUCAUCACGAUGAAAUGUGACCUUGUAUCACUGAUGUUUUUCAUUGUGUUUUUGAGUUCCUCAUGGAAAAUGGCCUCAUUGUUCCAUAAGAUUGAGCCACUUCCAGACAGGUCCAGACACGACUUAUUUAAUGUUAGCACUCCCUUUUGAGUUAUGGGCUAAACUUGCUGUUCACGUGGACAAUUUUUCAUUAUUGUUUCAACAUAUUUCAACAAACAGUUAUUUUAUCUUUAAUAUUUUUAGUUGACCAAUCUUGUGUAUGUGUCAUAGAGCAGACAAUAAGAGAAAGUGGGAGGAGGGUCUGGUGACAGUUCCUUACUUGUGGGCAUUUUUGGGACCAGUUAGAAAAGACAAUCUCGCUUCAGACAAUCUCACUUCAGCGCUAGGGAUGCGGGAAACUUUAAUGCUUCUAAUGCAUCAGUUGUUUUAGUCCUGGGGUUAAAUGAUGGCAAAGGCACAUUGCAAAAAGGAGACAAGGUGCUUAGAAAAUGUUGAGUAUCAGCAGCGUUGUGUGCUUGUUUACUGACAUCUGAAAAUAAUCAAGCGCUUGUGCUAAUAUUGUAGGACAUACAGGCGAACAGGAAAUUGCAGGCCUUACAUUUGGUGUACCAUUAGUAAAUUUAUAAGGCAGAAGCCUUUGUGUCCAACAUAUUUUUUUAACUCAACUCUUAAGUGUACAGAUGUUUCUUAAGACUGUGAGCGGGCAUAGUUCCUGUCCAGAGUUGAAUUGCAUGAGCCAUCCUUUGCUCUUUCCGUUCACAGACUUGACUGCAACAAACGGGUGAGUUGUUCUUUUACGGAAACGGAUUUAUAGACAACAUGAUGAGAUCGCUGAUAAGAACCCUUCUUCCCUUUAAGUUUGCAUCAAGAGUGUGUUCAGAUGAGCUCUUUCACUCUGACACCAUUUAUGAUCCUCUAGUGUACGCUAAGGAGACAGGAAGGCUCAUGCAAGCUGGCUCACAGUUUCACUGAUGUUUGAAAUACCGUGCUUUCAUGGCUGUUGCGACAGACCGCGCAUGCUUGACUACUUUGUACAUACUCAUGGUCCUGUCCUCGCCAGAUAAGAAUCAUGUACAUAAUAGCUUUUGUACAUACAUAAUUCUGUACGGAGCGUACUUGUUUACCUCCUCAGUGCAAUUUGCGUCCUUAGCUGGCUUAUCAAGUCUUCAAUGACUAACAACUGUUAUUAGACGUUGCAACUUCAGUUGUCUUUGUUUGACACAACGUCAGUAGUACUUGGAGUAUAGAACAUGUGUCUGGUCUGUUCUUUAAAGGCGAAUGUUUCAUAAAUAGAUAUCAACUUCUUUUUAACCACUUUGAUCAUCGCGAACUAGCACGAAGAACUGCCUGAAAUCAAACCACACGGCCAAAUUGAAUGUUCUGUUUUUCUUUCCGUAAGUUUCCUACUUCUAAAUUGUUAUUCGCAUGUUUUGCUAUGAGUUGUUUAUUGGUUGACUGGUUGAUUGGUUGAUUUGUUUCUAAGCAUUGUUGUUUCGUCCAACUGCCAACGUUGAAUCCUAAAUUUUUGUUGUCUGAACCAAAAAAAUGUUUAAUUGUACAUUGUGAUUAAUGCUAAGUAUAUGAUUUACUGUGUAUAGUUGCUGACUGAAUCUGCAUCGGAUGUUACGAAGAUGUAGUGCAACAUAUAGUAUUUUUUUUUUAAUAAAUUUUUUUCGUCGUGACGUUUGUCGAUUGAAUCGACCUACAAAUACAGCGCUUCAAUCACUGUGUAGCUCUCUUUGCUUACAGCAAAGAAAAUAGCUCGUAGUAUGUAAGUAAUAAACAUAAUUUAGCCACUACAGAGAUAACAGUGGUACCUAGAUUUGGUUUCGACUGGAUGUGAAAAUUAUUUUAUGAACUCUGAUAGUUAUUACACUGACGUAUGGCACCACGAAGUCAGUUUCACUUCAGUUGUGCAUCGCGUCAGAGCUCGUCAUGAAUCGACAGAAGGUCUAAGUUUGUAUCCGAGGAGAAUCCAGAAGAGAGAACCAGACUCGCUCUUUCUUGCAGUUCCUCACAUUAUGUCAACAGUCGUUCCCACAUGCAGUUGGGACAGGCAGGGAUAGGAAGCAGCAGCUUCUGGUGCUGCUGGUGGGAAUUCCUUUUUUCGGUUCCUUUUUUUAGAAGUUGGGGAAGAAUGAGCCGUUGGUGUGACGAUAGUUGGGCUUCCUCUUUUUCUAAAUAAAACAAAACUAUUCACACAGUGAGCAUCAUCCUCUAGUUAGACACACAUUUUUCAAAAAAUUCCUGACCUUGUGCCAUCAUGCUUCUUUUCCUUACUCUUUCCAAUUUUGUUUCUCUGCAUCUGUCACCCGUUUUUUCUUUCUCUCUCGUGGUUAUCAUAAUAUAGACUGGUAUCACCACCAGCAUUUCGUCAUCGCUGCCUCCACUACCAGGCCCGUCUUCUCCUUUUUUCGGACACCUUGCUUUUUGAGCUGUGUCAAAGAAAAGUACUUCAGCUCGUAGAGAAAACAAAACAAACAUUUACGGUAUUUUGGUAUUCGAAAAAUGCCUUGCUUCGAAAUCAAAUUAUCUUCCAGCCCUCUUUCUCCGCCUCUUACUUUUACCCCAACAUACAACAGCACGGGAGGACCGUUUGUUAUUCUCAAUGCACAGUCCAUCUGCUACAUGUUUCUAGUCAUGCUUGGUUUAUGUACGUGCACACAUCUUGUUACUUUAACCGCGAUCUGGUCUCGGGAUCUGUUUCUCUACCCACUCCCGCAGUGUUAGAGGUGGUGAAGAGGGUGGGAGUCGAAGUAAACUCUGAGGUAAUGGCCGAAGAAAACAAUGAUGUUUCUUUCCUGGCGUUUUUUCCUUUUGUCUUUUCGUGAGCAGCAUUAAAAGAGUGACCACAAGUGUGGAUGUUAUUGGGCUGCAGUUCACAACACCACCAUCUGGUUCGCCGACAAAUAAAUCAAUCUCCUUUUCUUA